CCUUCUACCUGUUAGGGUUAGGCUUAUCCGUUAGGGUUAGGCUUAUCCGUUAGGGUUAGGCUUAUCCGUUAGGGUUAGGCUUAACCUAACCCUUCGCACCAGGUAAGCCCAGACCUUCUACCUGUUAGGGUUAGGCUUACCCGUUAGGGUUAGGCUUAACCUAACCCUUCACACCAGGUAAACCCAGACCUUCUACCUGUUAGGUUUAGGCUUAUCGGUUAGGAUUAGGUUUAUCGGUUAAGGUUAGGGGAGCCCUUUUCCAUUAGGGUUAGGCUUAACCUAACCCAGAUAGACUUCCAUCGAUUAGGGUUAGUUAAAGUUAACACUUCCUGUGGGUGCUGAGGAUGAUGAUGUGUGCUAGGGUGACGUGUAAAUGGUUCCUAUUAUGUCUACUUCAAUCUGGUGAUUUCUACUCAACAGCAGAAACAGCAACGGCCGUUCUGAGGCAGACUAGUUUAAUCUCGUUGUGGACUAACAAGUUGUGUCACAUUGAAAACUGAGAUGAGUUUGCACUCAUCUUUUUGCCAAACAACUCAACCCUAAACCGGUCAUUAAGGGUUAGGGUUAGGGUAACCCUCGUCCAUUAGGGUUCAAUAAGAACAGAAGCAGGAAGGGGAGAGGGGGUGGGCAGGCUGAUGUCAUGGUUCCUCCCCCUCCCAGGAGAACCCAGCAUGCUGCGCCUGGUUACCGUCUGCUUGUUGCUGCUCCCAGGCCUGGGCUGGGCCCAGAGCUCCCAGCAGGGGGUCAGCGCCCCCGGGCCCCAUGGGUCCUCCGGCCCGCCGCACACCCAGGACCCGCCACACUUCCUGAGGAACCAGCAGGCUGGUCACCUGACCGCCGAGACUUCCUACCUGGAGCAGGGCUCCAACAGAGUGGGUCUGUUCGUGGUGGCGGCCGUCGGGACGAUGGCGCUGAUGGUGGCCGUGUUCUGCAUCUACAACAGGUUCUACAGCAGGCAGCAGUACCAGCACACCCAGCUCCAGGACCACUCUGAGUUGACCCUUGACCCCCCAGAGAACCCCCCCAUGAUGUUUCUCCAGGGCCCGUUGGGGGAUGGGCGAGAGAGGCCGGGGGGAUACGGCUCGCUCUCCGCCACGCCCUCCGUCAUCUCCCUCCCUCCCAAACCCCCUGGACCCCCUGGACCCCCUAGACCCCCCGGACUCCCCUGGAGCCUCUGA